CUGCUCCAUCCGGGAACUUUCCGAAUUAGCAUUGACAACCGAAGCGCAACUUUUUCCUCAGGCAAAGUGAAAUCAAGCCGCGCACUCGGACAAAAUAUAGUCCCACGAUUUUCAACUCAAAGUCGCGCAAAUUGACCCUCGCGUUGAGCAUCGCUCAGACACGCGUUCGCGGCGUCGUUUACCGAGCGGAUCUACGCGAGCGUCGACAUCUUUCGCUCGCCUUUUGAGCACUUUUGUUUAUACUGGCGUAAAGUGGGUGAUGAGUCUCGCGGCCAGUAAAGAAGCGAGAACUUGCUGUGCAGCUCGAGUAGUUCUUUCGAUUGUUAUUGUUGCUUUUAAAAAUAUUUGGACUACGCCACAAAUAGCGCGGAUCGCAUCGAAAGUGGAAGAAAAGUGCUUCUGAAGUCAGAACAUGGAGCUACAAGGCCUUCAAGAGGCACUGAAAGUAGAAGUCCAAUGUCAUCAGAAGCUCGCCGUCAGAAGUUGUCCUGUGGGGACGGCCGCCAAACCCCUCGCCCUCAUCAAGCCGCCCAGUCAGAGCAUCGCCAUCUCCGUGGUGCCGGCCAAGAAUCCCGUUUCCAUGGUGACAGCACACAUUAAUGGACAAAAGACGUCGAGUUCCGAAGUGCUCCAGACGUCCCCUAUCAACCUCCAAACGCCCGCCGGACAAAACAUCAGCCGCUCGCAGAUGUUGGGAGCUCUCACUGCGAUCCCCAUCAAGGUGCCUCACGUGAGCUCUUUGCAAAGGCUGGCGGGACACUCGCCCAGCGUGCUACCUCAGGUUAGGCCAAAGACUCUCAUUCCAGACAGCCUUCCCCACAGCCCAUGUCGAGAGCAGCAGUCCGGCCAGACGCUGGCUGUGUCGCGGGGCAUGGCCGUGGUCAGCCCAAAGAGCCAGGGCGCAUCUCUGCCAACUGCCAACAGCACCUUCAGACACGAGAGACUGUCCAACGGGCAAGAGGAGAGUUUGUCAUCGCCCACACCCGGUGCCUCCACCAGCCCCGGGGUGGCAUAUGCCAUCAUCUCAGCGGCUUCGCCCGCGGCUCACGGGGUGUCGGGAGUCACCGAGGCCAUCAAGGUGCAGCCUCUGAUCUUAAGCCCGGACAGCAAGGUUAUCAUCAUCCAGCCACAGAUUCCCAGCAGCUCGCCAGCGUGUCAGACAGACUGUGCUGUAGAUGAAACGACCUCUGAACCCUCGACACCAGCCAAAAACACAGAGGACGAUCCUGAGAAAAUUGCCUUCAUGGUAUCACUGGGCCUGGUCACUUCUGAACAUCUGGAGGAGAUUCAGAGUAAAAGGCAGGAGAGGAAACGGCGCAGUACAGCAAACCCUGCAUACAGUGGCCUGUUUGAACCUGAGCGCAAACGUCUUGCCUCACAUUUCCUGAGCAGUCCAAUGUUUCUGUCUGCCAGAGACUCUGAGGAACUGGGCUGGAAGGAGGAGCUGCAGCAUGAUGAUCAGUGUGCAGUCUGUAAACAGGAAGGAGAUCUGCAGCCGUGCCACACCUGUACCCGAGCGUACCACCCCGACUGCCUCCAACCACCUCUCAAAACUGCCAACAGGGCCAUGUGGAUGUGCCCCAAGUGCCAGAAGAAAGUUUUGAACAAAGAGAACUUAACCUGGCCACAGAACUUCAUUCAGUCGUACGUGACACAUAAAGCAGUCAGAGAGGAGGAAAGAAGAAAGCUGAUGAGAAGAAACAGUGAACUGAAGAAAGAGUGUGAACAUCUGAGCGAACACAACCAAAGACUUGGAAAAUCUCUAUCGGUGUUUCAACAGAAAUGCAUGGAGCAGAAAGAGCGUCUCCUGGGUCAACAGCGGGACACCCAGGCCUCUCUGGAGCGCCUCAAGACUCUCAUACGCCUCAUCCAGCGUGACCAGAUGAUCCAAGUCACUAUGACGGCCACCACGACCACAGGAGCAUCACUGCUCUCCCUGCCUUGGAUCAAAGCCACGGGCAGCACCAGCACCACAGCUCCAUCUGUCGGCCCCUCCGCAGUACUGCACAAAAACGUGCUUCAGCCGCAAGGCAACAACUGACCUUAACCGGAUCACCAAACAUAAUCCAACAGAGACGCGGACGGUGAGAUCUAACCGACGUGUUUUCUUCUGGUAAUGUCUUACAAUAAAAAAGGAAAAAAAGAGAAAAAAAAUAUUGCAAAAGAAAUGUUAAGCGUCUUUGGAUUCAUAAGUAUUUUUAAAGCCAAACACACACACAGUGCUCACGAGAUUUUUUUUACUCACCGUUUUUUAAUUUAUUAUUUUUCUUGGCCUUACUGUAUUUACGACUAGAUUAAAAUGCGGUUGCAGAUAUAUGAAAUAAGUAUUCUACAUAGCUAGAGGCGUUUUUAAUGCUUUGUGUUUUAUACUGGGGGGGUUUGGUGUGUGGGCGGGGUCUGUGUGUGGGGUCAUUUGCAUAUUGUGAUUGGGAAGGUUACAGUAGUCGUAGUUGUUUUUGGCAAGCGACGUAUGAAACGGAGAGCACCGUACGUUAAUAUAUCCCAAAAGAUUGUUUGCGUUUUCCGAUGAACGACGUUUGCCAUAAUAAUUCAGGUUAAAGCGAGACAGGGAAAUGUUCAUUGUGUGUGUACCUACGAGCAGACAAACAAAAGAAAUGACAACAAAAAUAACUUUUCAGUAUUAAUAGAGUUAAAAGAACAAAGUAUUUAAGAUAACAACAGAAUUUAGCCUUUUUAGUGGAGAUUUUAGUAUUUUCAUGCGAUGCCUGUUAAUAAUUUCAACGAGUAUUGGUGGGAGAAGUCGCUGUACAUAUAUUUAUUUUAUUUUGGCUGUCCCGACAACAAAAACUUAAGGCCAUUUAAGUUCUUUGAGUGCCUGAUCUCAUAUCCAAAAAUCUUUGGUUUGUUGUUUUUGCCCAGUAUAUAAAAUAUGCCAAAAACAAGAGUGGUUUCAUAUACCGCUAACAUUAUCCCGUUUUCACUGAAGUGUCAUCAUUUUCAUUUUAUUGUCUUCUAUCGCUAUCUAUGAAAACCCACCGCAAGUUGCAUUAUUUUUUUUUACUUUUUAAACGAUAACACUGCCUAAAGAAUAAAGCAAAGACUUCAUAUCAAAACAUAUGAAAAUAAUGAACUGAUUGUUGUUUGGAGAUUUGAAGGGUUUGUCUUCCAGCAUUAAUGCAGAGAUUAUGACAAAAACAAAACAGUCAUUGACACGAUAACAACAGCACUGUCAUUCUUAUUAAUGAAGAUUAAAUAUUUAAAGAAACAAUUGACAUCAUUAUAUGUAUUUAAGGGCUAACAAACCUUUAUCAAACUACAGUCGGAUUAAAAAUCUACAUUUGCCUAAACAUUGUGAUAAAAAUAUUACUGAGAUGAUUCAGGUUACACUUGAAGUCUGUGUAUAUAAUCUAAUAAAAUGCAUUACUGUAUUAAAACAACUUAUACACCAUCAUUAUAAUCAAAGUCCACCAUAUUUGCAACAGCUCCAGGUCUUGAGCGUUAGUCAUUGAAAUUUGGCUCCCCUUGUGAUGUCAGAAGGGGUCUUAUUAUAAUUAUCCGCCCCUUAAUCUGGACUAUCCAACCAUGGCACUGCUAUUUAGUGCAGAGAAAGAGAGAGCCAUUUUAACAAUAAAUGAUCUGUGGGGUAUUUUGAGCUAAAAUUUGACAUAUGUACUUUAAAUUGACAUCUUAGGAAAGUUUUAUAAAAUGCCUCCUUUAAAAGGUGUGACUGAAGUUUUUAAAUUGUUAAGUUGUACGCCUUCUUGAAUUUAAGUAGUCACAGUUCAGUACAGAUCUAUGUCUUUAAAUAUAACAUCCCUGUAAACACUAAAUGAUUUGUCUUAUAUUCUCUUUAACGCAGGGGUUCACAAACUUUUCAUUUUCGGCCCUCUUAAAUGGGUAUAAUUUAUCCCAGGUCUCACCAACAUACUUUAAAUGUAAAUAUAAUGAAACAAAAUUGCAUAUUUAAUUUAAGUUUAAUUGCAAAACUUACGGUAGGCCUAUAUCAUAUCAAAAUCAUUAUCAUUGCCUGUCAUUAGUUGGACUAAACCGUCACUGACCCGUGACCUGAUCCCAUUGUGCGACCCAUAGUUUGAAAAUCCCUGCUUUAAAGGCAUGAACAUGUUUUCUAUAGUUAUAGUUAGUUAAAAAUAUGCUUUAUAAUAUAAUAUAUAUAUAAACAUGCCAACCCUUGUAUUACAUUAUAUAUACAGACGUCAUAAAAAGUGCUGUUGUUAAAGCCCACAGGUGGUGUCAUUCAGGUCCUGUACUAUCAGAUAUAGAUUGUAACCGAGUGCAUAUCAUCAGACUGUUGUGUCACCUACUAAAUACUGAACAAAUUCACAUGCAUUUUUGCCCAUGCAAAUAACCCAAAAUUGUCUUUUUUCCUCCAGUAAAAUAAAUGUACUGAAGCAAACGUGUGAUAUUUAAGAAGAUGACUUUUGGUUUUAAAGAACUUUAUUAUUUAUUUGAUUGUGUACCCCACUGGCAUUGGUUUGUCCAUAAAUGUAAGAAUGAAGAGUUUCAAACAUGUCAGCUUUAUAUAUCAGAUCAAUAUCAUUUUCAUCCACGUGCCGUCGCCCACGUUCCAGAAUUCCUCUCCGGGAGAAACUGUGCUGUGCUUCUACAGAUCUAUUUUACUACACUCAACACUUCGUUGAACAAAAUUUUAUUCUUUUAUCAAUGAACAAAUGAGAAAGACAGUGUUUUUUAUUGUUUGCUAAUUAUGCAUUUUGACUUGGCUUAUAAUAUGUGACGUGUACAUUUGCAAAACAGAGGAGUGAACGUCAAGGGCAAAGCGUUCAAGACACCAUGAGGAGAUGUUUAGUCUUCAUGAUGUCUUUGAAGCGUGUUGACUGUCCAGUGGAUGGUGUGUGUGUGUGUGUCUUACAUAUGCCAAUGUAGUUUUUACAUCAUCUUCUGAUCUAUUAAAGUUGAUUGAUGGACGUUGAUCAAUUGUAAAGAGUCUCAGCUUUUUGUGCCCAUGAUUCAUAAUAAACAAGGAGAAAUCCUGGAAAAAGA